GUCAAUCUUCAAAUACAUGCAUGUCGAACUGUGACGGUCAGGCACAACUUGGCUGACCGGCUGAAAAAGAACGGAGCUAGCUAGCUAGGUCGUGAUGGAACGCCAUAAAACGCGAAGAACGACACAACACGACACCGACUUCUUAGGAUAAAAUGCCGAAAAACAGCCCUACUCACCUCUACUGAUAGAUGAGAAACACAACAUUCUGCGCCUUUCGCACACACACAUACACCCAGCAUCCAUCCACCCAUCCACUUUGUCGCGGUCAGCGUCCAUCCACACAUCCGGCCAACCGCGUCUCGUGUUUACACACACACACAGACAAAGAGACAGACAGACAGACAGCCCUGUCUGUCUUCAGUAGAGCAGAGGACCCAUCACAUCACACCACACUGCCACACAUUGCCACACACACACAGCGUGCUUACACAUCUCCUGUCUGUUAUCCAAAGACGUUCCCGUCUAUCCGUGCCGGUCUUGCCCCUUCCGAAGCAAGCAUGUCGAGGGUGUGCUGCAGCUGCUCCAUCUCAAUUCUCGAGCACUCCUGCACCGGACAGAAACCAGGGCAGAUGACACGCAUGUAAAGAUCUCGCAGCUUCUCUCUCUCUCUCUCUGGCUCGCUCCCUCGCUGUAUGGCUGUCUGUUUGGCUCCCUCACAAGUGGUCGUGCUGGGAAUUCGGAGCAGAUGGCUUUGACGACGAUCUCAGGGUCGGGUGGGCCGGCGUAUCUCAUGUCACUGAUGCGCAUGGCCGUGGGGCUCCAAGCGUGCGUCCUCAGCUGCAGAUUCAGCAGCUCUUCCGAGCCCAUGUUGAUGCAUUUCUGCACCGUGUCGACGUCGGCUCCCAGCUCAGCCAUGAGCUCGAAGGAACACGCUGCGCCGAAUGCAUUGGCAGUACCGUUAAGCUGGUGGGUGUCCUUUGUGGUGUCGCUCAUGCACCUGAACAUGUGACAGACGCACCGCAGGCGCGCAGAAUGUGUCUGCUCUGGUCUGAUCUGUCCGCACGCACCUCUUGGGAAACUCCUCGACGUACGUCCACCAGACCUCUGAGUAUCCGCCAACGCCGGCCGUUCCCUCGGUGUAUGUCUUAUCCCACAGACACAUCUGUCUGCACACACACAUUAACACACACGACACACCUCGGUGUCUAUCGAGCUGACUUCUCAUUCACCGACCGGAGAGAUUCGUCGAUCACGUCUCUGCCCGUGGACAUGGCAGGCGACUUGCGCUCGGGGGGAAGCGCGCAAGACUGGGCGUUGUCGUCCACACACAUGUCUUCGUAAUGCAUGGAGGGGGGGCAAGGAGAAGAUGUGCCAAUGGGGCCGGAAACUCAGCUGCACCCACACACGCAUGACAGACAGGAGUCAGUCCAAGUCUUCGUGAGCGAAUGGAUCAGGCCGUUGGCUGUUCGCCUACCUACCGUGUGCCGCAGUUGUCUGGCGCGUUUGGCGAAGCCCUGGAGGAACCGGACGCUCUUGUCGAGGGCGGGGGUCACCCACAAGUCCAUCCUAACAGUGUCGGCGUACUGCAUGCAGCAAAUGCACAGCACGGCCGAUUGAUACACGCUCAGACGGCCUGGCUGCCUGUGCGCCGUGCUGCCACCCCUUUCCUACCAAGGGCAUGUCCCAGACGAGCUCGACGAGGACCGUUUUGUUGACGGGUGGGGAGAGGACGUCGAUGAUCUUCUGGGCAUGCAUGUCGCUGAUCAAGAUAGACGGGCUGCGGACCGUCUCGCCCCAACCAUCUGAUGGAGAGAAAGAUGUUACCAGACACUCCUGAGGGACAUCCCUUCCCUCCCUCUCUCGCUGUGUGUCUGUCUUUGCUGACCGUCGGCCAUGAUGACUCUCUGAAUCUCCGUUGGGGUGCGGAUGGCUCCUUCAGUGUCCGCCACGAUGACAGCCUUGGCGUUCUUGAACACCUCCGCCACUCGCACCUUGGUGACGAAGUUGCACAAGCCCCGCCGCACCAUGACAAUGUUGGGCAGCAUCGUGUGUGGGGCUGGGACCUCGUAGUCCCUAUCGCGGCAGUGAAGCUCCCCGUACUGGCUCUCCCCACACACCAGACGUCCCAUGAUGCGCUCACCAUAAUACUGAUGGAUGGAUGGAUGGAUGACAGACACAUGAGAAAGAGGGACAGACACAGACCAGUUGAUGAAUGAGUCCUCCCUGCAACAUCCCAACUCCACUCACUCACCGGCGGUGCGAAUGCGGCGGUGCUGCCCUCAAUGCCGUCCGGAAACUGCUCGGCCAGCUCAGGCGGCUCCAGGACCCUGAUGCGCCCUGCAACAGCCACGCUGACUCCCAGGAGGACCAGCAGCCAUGCGGCCUGCGGUGCCAUCGCUCAGAGUGAUGGAUCUCGUGAACAGAUUGCUCGACAGUGGUGAGUUUGAAGAAGCUGCAGACUGACUACAGACGCAGUCACAUGAGGUUGGGACGAAGGGAC